CCGACUCGGCGGAGCAUCACUCGUUUCUCGAACGUAUUCCGAAUACAGUCGAAUAACGCAUCUCUCGCAAUGGCACCGAAGGCUAGCGGAAAGGCGGUGAAGAAGGCCGGCAAGGCCGUGAAGAACAUCACCAAGGGCGACAAGAAGAAGCACAAGAAGCGCAGGAAGGAGAGCUACGCGAUCUACAUCUACAAGGUGCUGAAGCAGGUCCACCCCGACACCGGCGUGUCGAGCAAGGCCAUGAGCAUCAUGAACAGCUUCGUCAACGACAUCUUCGAGCGCAUCGCCGCCGAGGCCUCCCGGCUGGCCCACUACAACAAGAGGUCGACCAUCACCUCCCGGGAGAUCCAGACGGCCGUCAGGCUCCUGCUCCCCGGUGAACUGGCCAAGCACGCCGUCAGCGAGGGCACCAAGGCCGUCACCAAGUACACCAGCUCCAAGUAAAUUGGAUGCGAUAUGACCAUUUGACAAUUCAAAACAAUCGGCCCUUUUCAGGGCCACAAAAAUAUUCAAACGUAUUCGCAAACUAUUGAUUAUAAUAACUUUAUACUUUAUUUAUGACAUUAAGCAAUUUUAAGACUUCUUCGUUUAAUCUCACAUUAUUUCGUGAUUUAUCAUUAUUUAUUGCAUAUAAGCCUAUUUAUGUCAUUCAAACGAUGGUCUAAAUUAGGAUAAAAUAUAUUAUUUUAAAACAUGUAUGAAACAUUUUCGCACUUUUUUCCGCUAAAAAUAGGGACCAUAUGGUAGCCGUUUACUGACUAGCGCGCGUUAAAAUGUGACAUUACGAUACAAUUUAACAUAAGCAGCCCUUUAUAGCACGGCGUCUAUAAUAUUUGCUCCCAAGGGUAGCAAUAGUUAUGACAUGUACGUAUAUACAAAAGUAUGACGUAUGCCACUAGUAUCGUAAUGCAAUAUGUAGUCCUCAAACAGUUUACACGUGAAUUUUAAAUGAAAAAUAAAAAUGUUUUUACUCAAUAUUUGAGUAAUCGUAAAUGAAACCUA